CUUUUGAAUGAGCUCGCCUGCGCCUUCGGCCGGGGGACGCCCAGCAAACCAAAGCCCGAGCCGAGCCGUCAGACCAGAAGGGGACCCCCCUGCCCGCCCCCUCCUCUUCAGAGUCCCGAAGACAAAGAGGACCCCACCCCGGCCGUCAGCCCAGCCCAAUUCAACCCAACGCCGCUCCUCCGGGUGCUGAAAUUCUUACGCUUUUGGGGGCAACUCUUUUUUGCGGGGAAAAAAAGUUUUUUGCGGAGUUUCGAGAACCGGGAGAGGCAAGAAAGCGGACCCCCCCCCCAAAAAAACUCCCCCACGCCAGCCAAGCCAGGCCAAGGGGGCUGACCGCUUUCACUUUUGAGCACUUUCACUCUUAAGCCGGGCACUUUCCCUCCUGUCUCCGGUGCCUCUUCGCGUUUUUCCUUUUUCUCCUCCUCCUCCUUCUUCUUCUUCGCUUUCCCGCAGCAAGUUCGUCUCGCGCGCAGCCCCCCGCCGACCCCCGCCGGGAUUGCCGGAACCCCGCCGCCAUGAACAGCAACAGCUACUACGAGCAGCCCCCCCAGGGCUACUACCAGCCGGGCGAGGAACCCCAACAAGAGGAGAUGCCGGCCACGGAGAAGGACCUGGCCGAAGACGCGCCCUGGAAGAAGAUCCAACAGAACACCUUCACCCGCUGGUGUAACGAGCACCUGAAGUGCAUGCACAAGCGCAUCGGCGACCUGCAGAAGGACCUGAGCGACGGGCUGAAGCUGAUCGGCCUCCUGGAGGUGCUCAGCCAGAAGAAGAUGUACCGCAAGUACCACGCGCGCCCCAACUUCAGGCAGAUGAAGCUGGAGAACGUGUCGGUGGCGCUGGAGUUCCUGGACCGGGAGCACAUCAAGCUGGUCUCCAUUGACAGCAAAGCCAUCGUGGACGGCAACCUGAAGCUCAUCCUGGGGCUGAUCUGGACCCUCAUCCUCCACUACUCCAUCUCCAUGCCCAUGUGGGAGGAUGAGGACGAGGAGGACGCCAAGAAGCAGACGCCCAAGCAGCGGCUCCUGGGAUGGAUCCAGAACAAGGUGCCCCAGCUGCCCAUCACCAACUUCAACCGCGACUGGCAGGACGGCAAAGCCCUGGGGGCCCUGGUGGACAACUGCGCCCCGGGUCUGUGCCCAGACUGGGAGGCGUGGGAUCCGAGGCAGCCGGUGGAGAAUGCCCGUGAAGCCAUGCAGCAGGCGGACGACUGGCUGGGGGUCCCUCAGGUGAUUGCCCCCGAAGAGAUUGUGGACCCCAACGUGGAUGAGCAUUCGGUCAUGACCUACCUCUCGCAGUUCCCCAAAGCGAAACUCAAACCCGGAGCCCCCCUGAACUCCAAGCAAGUCUACCCCAAGAAGGCCAAGGCCUACGGGCCUGGUAUCGAACCCCACGGAAACACGGUGCUGAAACCAGCCCAUUUCACAGUCGAGACGGUUGAGGCUGGCUUGGGAGAGGUGCUGGUGUACAUUGAAGACCCCGAGGGACACACGGAAGAGGCCAAAGUGGUUGCCAACAACGACAAGAAUCGGACUUAUUCGGUCUCCUACGUGCCCAAGGUGGCUGGCUUACACAAGGUCACUGUCCUGUUUGCGGGCCAAAAUAUCGACCGGAGCCCCUUUGAAGUCAACGUGGGCAUGGCGCUCGGGGAUGCCAGCAAGGUGACUGCCCGUGGACCAGGCCUGGAACCCGUGGGAAACGUGGCUAACAAACCCACUUAUUUUGACAUCUACACCGCAGGGGCAGGGGCCGGUGAUGUGGGGGUGGUGAUCGUGGACCCCCAGGGACGCCGUGACACCGUGGAAGUGGUCUUGGAAGACAAAGGCGACAACAUUUUCCGCUGCACUUAUCGGCCCAUCCUGGAGGGUCCUCACACCAUCUACGUGACCUUUGCGGGGGCUCAGAUCCCCAAAAGCCCCUUCACAGUCAAUGUGGCAGAAGCCUGCAGCCCGAACGCCUGCCGGGCCAUGGGCCGGGGUCUCCAGCCGAAGGGGGUGCGCGUGAAGGAGGUGGCGGACUUCAAGGUUUACACCAAGGGAGCCGGCACGGGCGAACUCAAAGUCACAGUCAAGGGACCAAAAGGAACCGAGGAGCCGGUGAAGGUACGAGAUGUCGGCGAUGGGGUUUACGAGUGUGAAUAUUACCCCAAAGUGCCUGGAAAAUACAUGGUGUCGAUUACGUGGGGCGGCCACGCCAUUCCGAGGAGUCCCUUUGAAGUGCAGGUGGCACCUGAAGCUGGGCUGCAGAAGGUACGGGCCUGGGGCCCCGGCCUGGAAACCGGCAUGGUGGGCAAAUCUGCGGACUUCGUUGUGGAGGCGAUUGGCACCGAAGUGGGCACGCUGGGGUUCUCCAUCGAGGGUCCCUCGCAAGCCAAGAUCGAGUGCGACGACAAAGGAGACGGUUCGUGCGACGUGCGAUACUGGCCCACCGAACCGGGCGAGUACGCCGUCCACGUGAUUUGCGAUGACGAGGACAUUCAGGACAGCCCCUUCAUCGCCCACAUCCUGCCGGCCACCAACGAGUAUUUCCCCGAGAAGGUCAAAGCGUUCGGUCCCGGGUUGGAGCCAGUGGGCUGCAUCGUGAACAAACCGGCCGAGUUCACCAUCGAUGCCCGAGGGGCUGGGAAAGCAGCCCUCAAGAUCUAUGCUCAGGAUGCCGAAGGCGUCCCCAUUGACAUCAAAGUCAAGGACAAUGGCAAUGGGACCUUCUCCUGUGUCUACGUCCCCACCAAGGCCAUCAAGCACACCAUCAUCAUCAGUUGGGGAGGCGUCAACAUCCCCAAGAGUCCAUUCCGGGUGAGUGUCGGAGAAGGAAGCCACCCCAAUAAAGUCAAGGUGUACGGUCCUGGAGUUGAGAAAACUGGGCUGAAGGCCAACGAACCCACCUACUUCACCGUGGACUGCAGCGAGGCUGGCCAAGGAGACGUGAGCAUCGGGAUCAAGUGUGCCCCUGGGGUGGUGGGCCCAGCAGAAGCCGACAUCGAUUUCGACAUCAUCAAGAAUGACAACGAUACCUUCACGGUGAAAUACACACCUCCAGGUCCUGGGCGUUACACCAUCAUGGUGCUCUUCGCCACUCAGGAAAUCCCCAUAAGCCCUUUCCACAUCAAGGUGGAUCCCUCGCACGACGCCAGCAAAGUGAAGGCCGAGGGGCCUGGCCUCAAUCGGACGGGCGUGGAGGUUGGGAAGCCCACUCACUUCACCGUUUUCACCAAGGGAGCGGGCAAAGCCAAGCUGGACGUCCACUUUGCCGGUGCCACCAAGGGCGAGGCGGUGCGUGACUUUGAGAUCAUCGACAAUCACGAUUACUCCUACACGGUCAAGUACACAGCUGUGCAACAGGGAAACAUGGCAGUGACGGUGACCUAUGGGGGUGACGCCAUCCCCAAGAGCCCCUUCCCGGUGUACGUGGCGCCCCCUCUCGACCUUGGCAAGGUCAAAGUGCAAGGACUCAACAACAAGGUCAAUGUGGGUCAAGAUCAAGAAUUUACGGUCAACACGCGAGGAGCCGGUGGCCAGGGACAGCUGGACGUGAAGAUCAGUUCGCCCUCCCGCCGGCCCAUUCCUUGCAAGAUGGAGACCGGGGCCACCAACGACGUCCACUCGGUCAAGUACAUGCCACCUGAAGAGGGCCAGUAUAAGGUGGACGUCACCUACGACGGGAAUCCUGUGCCCGGAAGCCCCUUUGCCGUCGAGGCGGUGAUGCCCCCAGACCCAACCAAGGUGUGUGCCUAUGGGCCUGGCCUGAAGGGGGGCUUUGUGGGCAAACCUGCCCCUUUCACCAUCGACACCAAAGGAGCCGGGACAGGCGGGCUGGGCUUGACCGUGGAAGGUCCCUGCGAAGCCAAGAUUGAGUGCCAGGACAAUGGCGAUGGCUCCUGCUCGGUCUCCUACUUGCCCACAGAGCGCGGCGAAUAUAGCAUCAACAUCCUCUUCGCCGAGACUCACAUCCCGGGGUCCCCCUUCAAGGCGGACAUCAAGCCCGUCUUCGACCCGACCAAGGUGACGGCCAGCGGGCCUGGUCUGGAGCGUGGCAAGGUGGGAGAGGUGGCCACCUUCACCGUGGACUGCUCCAAGGCGGGUGAUGCCGAGCUGACCAUCGAGAUCAUCUCCGAUUCGGGCGUCAAAGCCGAGGUGCUGAUCCAGAACAACAGCGACGGCACCUACAGCAUCACGUACACUCCUUCCUUCCCGGGCACCUACACCAUCACCAUCAAAUACGGCGGGCACCACGUGCCCAAAUUCCCAGCUCGGGUCAACGUGGAUCCCGCCGUGGACACCAGCAACGUCAAAGUCUUUGGGCCUGGCGUGGAACCUCGAGGGGUCCUGCGUGAGGUCACCACAGAGUUCACGGUAGACGCCCGCUCUCUCACCAAAACGGGGGGCAACCACAUCCAAGUGCAAGUCAUUAACCCUUCGGGGGCCAAGACGGACACCUAUAUCACCGACAACGGGGACGGCACCUACCGAGUCCAGUACACCCCCUUUGAGGAUGGUAUGCAUCUGGUGGAGGUGACAUACGAUGACGUGCCGGUGCCCAAGAGCCCCUUCCGGGUGGGCGUCACCGAAGGCUGCGACCCCAGCCGCGUCCGUGCCUACGGCCCCGGUCUCGAAGGGGGCCUGGUGAACAAGUCGAACCGCUUCACCGUGGAAACCAGGGGCGCAGGGACCGGGGGUCUCGGCUUGGCUAUCGAAGGCCCCUCGGAGGCCAAGAUGUCCUGCAAGGACAACAAAGAUGGAAGCUGCAGCGUGGAAUACAUCCCCUUCACGCCCGGGGACUACGAUGUCAACAUCACCUUUGGUGGACGCCCCAUCCCAGGGAGCCCCUUCCGUGUUCCUGUCAAAGACGUGGUCGAUCCCAGCAAAGUCAAAUGCUCGGGACCCGGAUUGGGGGCCGGUGUGAGAGCCCGGGUCCCUCAGACCUUCACCGUUGAUUGCAGCAAGGCUGGGCUGGCCCCCCUGGAGGUGAAGGUGCUGGGACCUUCAGGAGUGGCUGAGCCGGUGGAGGUGCGUGACAACGGAGACGGCACACACGCUGUGAAAUACACACCAGCUACAGAUGGACCGUACACCAUCUCUGUCAAAUACGCCGGGCAAGAGGUGCCCCGCAGCCCCUUCAAGAUCCGGGUCCUUCCUGCUCAUGAUGCCAGCAAAGUGCGGGCCAGCGGUCCUGGACUCAACGCCUCGGGCAUCCCUGCCAGCCUGCCGGUGGAGUUCACCAUCGAUGCCCGUGACGCCGGUGAAGGGUUGCUCACCGUACAGAUCCUGGACCCUGAGGGCAAACCCAAGAAGGCCAACAUUCGGGACAACCGAGAUGGGACCUACACAGUUUCCUAUGUUCCAGACAUGACGGGCCGUUACACCAUCACCAUCAAAUACGGCGGCGAUGAAAUCCCCUACUCGCCUUUCCGCAUCCACGCCUUGCCCGCUGGAGAUGCCAGCAAGUGUCUGGUGACAGUGUCCAUCGGAGGCCACGGACUGGGAGCAUGCCUUGGUCCCACCAUCCAGAUUGGAGAGGAGACGGUGAUCACGGUGGACGCCAAGGCAGCUGGGAAGGGCAAGGUGACCUGCAAGGUCUCCACGCCCGAUGGGGCCGAGCUGGAUGUCGAUGUGGUGGAGAACCACGAUGGGACCUUUGACAUCUAUUACACGGCUCCCGAGCCUGGCAAAUACGUCAUCACCAUCCGUUUUGGAGGCGAGCAGAUCCCCAACAGCCCCUUUCACGUGGUGGCCUGUGACUCCAUUCCUCAGGUGGAGGAGCCCUGCGAAUCCAACCAGCUUCACCAGCCCUUCCCGGUGCACCACCCUGGUGGCUUCCCUCCACACUGGGCCACGGAUGAGCCCGUCGCCCCGCCGGAGAACGUGGAUGCCAUGCUGCGGCCCUUCAACUUGGUCAUCCCCUUCGCCGUGCAGAAGGGAGAGAUUACAGGGGAGGUCAGGAUGCCUUCAGGCAAGACGGCACGUCCACACAUCACGGACAAUAAGAAUGGGACGGUGACCGUGAAAUAUGCCCCCACAGAAAAGGGGCUGCAUGAGAUGGACAUCAAAUACGACGGCAACCACAUUCCAGGGAGUCCCCUCCAAUUUUACGUGGAUGCUAUCAACGCCCGCCACGUUAGCGCCUACGGACCUGGGUUGAGCCACGGCAUGGUCAACAAACCCGCAACCUUCACCAUCGUCACCAAGGACGCCGGCGAAGGAGGCCUGUCCCUGGCUGUGGAGGGCCCGUCCAAGGCCGAAAUCACCUGCAAGGACAAUAAAGACGGCACCUGUACCGUUUCCUACUUGCCCACGGCUCCCGGCGACUACAACAUUAUUGUCCGCUUCGACGACAAGCACAUUCCUUGCAGCCCCUUCACUGCGAAGAUCACAGGGGACGAUUCCAUGCGCACCUCCCAGCUGAACUUGGGCACUUCCACCGACGUGUCGCUGAAGAUCACCGAGAGUGACUUGAGCCUCUUGACCGCCAGCAUCCGGGCCCCCUCUGGGAACGAAGAGCCCUGUUUGCUCAAGCGCCUGCCCAACCGCCAUAUCGGGAUCUCCUUCACCCCCAAGGAGGUUGGGGAGCACGUGGUGAGCGUCAAGAAAAGCGGCAAGCAUGUCACCAACAGCCCCUUUAAGAUCAUGGUGGGACAGUCGGAAAUUGGCGACGCCAGCAAGGUUAAAGUCUCCGGUAAAGGGCUGGUAGAAGGACGCACCUUCGAGAUGUCCGAAUUCAUCGUCGACACCCGGACUGCAGGCUACGGAGGUCUCGGCCUCUCCAUCGAAGGUCCCAGCAAAGUGGACAUCAAUUGUGAAGACAUGGAAGAUGGCACCUGUAAAGUCACCUACUCGCCUACUGAGCCCGGAAAUUACAUCAUCAAUAUUAAGUUUGCUGAUAAACACGUGCCAGGAAGCCCCUUCACUGUGAAGGUGACCGGAGAGGGACGGAUGAAGGAGAGCAUUACUCGCCGGAGGCAGGCGCCCUCCAUCGCCACCGUGGGCAGCACCUGUGACCUGAACCUCAAGAUCCCAGGGAAUUGGUUCCAGAUGGUCUCGGCCCAGGAGCGUCUGACUCGCACUUUCACGCGCAGCAGCCACACUUACACGCGCACCGAGCGGACGGAGAUCAGCAAGACGCGCGGCGGGGAGACCAAGCGCGAGGUGCGGGUGGAAGAGUCCACGCAAGUGGGCGGGGACCCCUUCCACAACGUCUUCGGCGAGUUCCUCGGCCGCGAGAGCCUCGGCUCCUUUGGCAGCAUCGCCCGGACCCAGGAGGGGGAGGCCGGCCUCCAAGCCAUGACCGCUCAAGUUACUAGUCCCUCGGGAAAGUUGGCCGAAGCGGAAAUCAUCGAGGGAGAUGACAGCGCCUACUCGGUGCGCUUCGUGCCCCAGGAGAUGGGCUCCCACACCGUGAACGUCAAAUAUCGGGGGCAACACGUGCCCGGAAGCCCCUUCCAGUUCACCGUGGGGCCGUUGGGCGAAGGGGGCUCCCACAAAGUGCGAGCAGGAGGGCCUGGCCUGGAGAGGGCCGUGGCCAGCGUGCCAGCUGAAUUCAGCAUUUGGACCCGGGAGGCUGGCGCUGGGGGUCUCUCCAUUGCGGUGGAGGGGCCCAGCAAGGCCGAGAUUGCCUUUGAGGACCGGAAAGACGGUUCCUGCGGAGUCUCCUAUGUGGUCCAAGAACCAGGUGACUACGAGGUCUCCAUCAAAUUCAACGAUGAACAAAUCCCGGACAGUCCAUUUGUGGUCCCCGUGGCCUCGCUCUCGGACGAUGCCCGACGCCUGACGGUCACCAGCCUCCAGGAAACGGGUCUGAAGGUGAACCAGCCGGCUUCGUUCGCGGUGCAGCUUAACGGGGCACGGGGUGUGAUCGAUGCCAAGGUCCACACGCCCUCCGGCUUGGUGGAAGAAUGUUACGUCUCCGAGUUGGACAGCGACAAAUACGCCAUUCGCUUCAUCCCCCAUGAGAACGGGGUCCACUCCAUCGACGUCCGGUUCAACGGACGGCAUGUCCCGGGCAGCCCCUUCAACAUCCGUGUGGGGGAGCAGAGCCAAGCGGGAGACCCCGGGCUCGUCACGGCCUACGGCCCAGGCCUGGAGGGAGGAACCACAGGGGUCUCCUCCGAGUUCGUCGUGAAGACCCGAAACGCUGGCUCCGGGGCCCUUUCGGUCACCAUCGAUGGGCCCUCCAAGGUGCAGAUGGACUGCCAGGAGUGCCCCGAGGGCCACAAGGUCACCUACAUGCCCAUGGCGCCUGGAAGCUACCUCAUUUCCAUCAAGUAUGGGGGUCCCCAGCACGUCGUCGGCAGCCCCUUCAAAGCCAAGGUCACGGGCCCCCGCCUGUCCGGUGGGCACAGCCUCCACGAGACGUCCACGGUGCUGGUGGAGACGGUCACCAAAGCCACCUCCUCGGUGGGUGGCAGCUACAGCGCCCUGCCCAAGUUCUCUUCGGAUGCCAGCAAGGUGGUCGCCCGUGGGCCUGGCUUAACCAAGGCCUUCGUGGGCCAGAAGAAUACCUUCACCGUGGACUGCAGCAAGGCAGGCACCAACAUGUUGAUGGUGGGGGUCCACGGGCCCAAGACCCCCUGCGACGAAGUGUACGUCAAGCACAUGGGCAACCGGGUGUACAGCGUCACCUACACCGUCAAAGAGAAGGGCGACUACAUCCUCAUCGUGAAAUGGGGAGACGAGGGCGUGCCCGGCAGCCCCUACCAAGUCAGCGUGCCCUAGGAGGGGGGACGGAGCCCCACCCGCCUCCCUCCCUUGGCCCCACCCGCCCCUGCCCAGAACUGGCACCCUCGACGUGCCCACCCGUGACCAAGGCGGGGCGAGGGAGAAGGCACAACUGUUGGACAUUUGCUUGCCUCGUUGAGUUGGACUUUGGCGUUUGAGGAUUUCUCCAGGCGGAUCGGGGACCGGGAGGGGGAGAGGGGGAGAGGGGAAGGGGGAGAGGGAGGGGGGAUGGGAGGGGGGAAUGCCCUUUGAGCUGGGGAGGGUGCAGGGGGCCCAGCGAGGCCAGUCUGGGAAAGGGGGGAGAAGAAGGGAAGUUGUAGUACGACUCGAGGACGCUUGCAAGAGACAUUUGGGCACCUUUGCUGUGGUGGCCCUGCCCAGGAAGUUUCUCCCUGCUUGGCAUUAAUUUGGAUUUACCCAAAACCACAAAAAAAAAGGGGCUAGUCCUCAGUCUGCCUUGCGGGGUCGAUCUAUAUGACCUUACCUGGCCUUUACUUGGGGAAAGCGACUUUGGUGACGUUGUAAGAAGAAGCGAAGGAAGAAGAGUGGAAUCCCGGAGCGGCUCCCAAACUCCUGCCAAAUUUGAGGGGGAGGGCCGAGCGGGGGCCCCAAGCGCCCCCUUCCCCCCUCCUCUUCAAGGUGCCACCAAGGGGUGUUGAGUGGAGGGGGCGAAGAGAAAAAUAAGCGUGAGCGCGGGUCUGUGAGAGGAGAACGCAAAAGGCAUCUCUGCAUUUCCCAGCAGAGCCUUUUGGAGCGCGUCCUGUUAAGACUGGGAGCUGGGUUUCGGAUUCGAAUCCAGCACCUGCUCUCCUGAAACACAGCGAGGGCUUGGAGCUUUUUAAAGCAGCCGCCUCUUUUCCUGGAGUCGCACAGCCGCCGCUGGAUCCCAGGAGAAAAAAUAAAGGAUGAGGCUGCUUUAAAAGGCACUAGUGCAGUGUUUCUCAACCUUAGUAGCUUGAAGAUGAGUGGACUUCAACUCCCAGAAUCCCCCAGCCAGCAGCGCUGGCUGGGGGAUUCUGGGAGUUGAAGUCCACUCAUAUUCAAGCUUCCAAGGUUGAGAAACACUGCAACUAGGAGGAAUGCCAACACAACUGCCAAGUGUGAAGGGGCUAGCUCACGCCAAAGAGAUUUUGUGUUGUUGUUUUUUUUAAGAAAAGGAGGAAGGAGAAAAAAAUAUAUAUUAAAAAUGUAGGGGAAAGGGGAACACAGAUCUUGGCCCUGGUGGGCAGGGGAGGGGGCUUUUCUCUCUCUCUCUCUCUCUCUCUUUCUCGCUCUCUCUCUUUUUUAAAAAAAAAAGUGUUUUGAGGCUGUGUGUGUUCACUGCGGCUGGGAUGGGAUUACCACUAGUAGCUGUGGCCAAAUCCGAGCAGCGACCUUGCACCCAACCGAUCUGCCCCUCAGCAAUAAAGUUUACUUGCUUUUAAAAAAAAAAAUUAAAAA